AAGGUUAGAGAAGCAUGUUUCCUGUAUCAUAGACAAAGGAGAAAACAUGCUUGUCUGUUCAGGUUUAAUCAGUAAAAUACUGCCUGCAUUACUGAGAGAAUGCUAUGUGAAAAUUUUAUUUAAAAGUAUAGAUGUCACGUGUAGCCUUCAUGUGUCUACCACAUACAGCUACUAUGCCAUGAUAAUGUCCACAUUUGUAUAUUUUCACACAGCAAUAUGUAUCUGUUCUGCAUUGCUUUGGUUUUCCAUCUGAUUGUGUAUGACUGCAUAUUUUUAGUUCGGGAGCAUGUAGAACAGUUGGGAUGUAUAGACCAUUUUCAUGUAUUGGUUUAUGUUUUGCAGAACUGAUCUUGCAAGGAAUUUAUUGUCAUUGCUCUGUGACAGAAGGGAAAUGGCAGGCAAGAAGAAAGAAAUCCAGCUGCAGACCAUAAUAAGCAAUCAAAACCAGUGGGAUGAAAUGCUGCUGACAAAGGGUAUAGUAGUAAUAGAUGUGUAUCAAGCUUGGUGUGGUCCUUGCAAAGCUGUGCUAAAUUUAUUCAGAAAACUAAGGAAUGACUUCAGUGAAGACAAUGUCCUGCAUUUUGCUGUGGCAGAAGCUGACAGCAUUGAAACUCUGAAACCAUUUAGGAGGAGUUGUGAACCUAUGUUUCUUUUUAGUGUUCAUGGUAAAAUUCUUGCGCUGGUGAAAGGUGUAAAUGCCCCUCUCAUAACUAAGACAGUAAUAGAGUUAGUGCAAGAAGAAAGGGAAAUUGCAGCUGGAGCGAAGGAACGUGCUGAGGUAGAAGAACUCGUUUUUCAAGAAGAAGGUUCAUCAGAAGGAUCUGCUGAGGACACUGUAGAAGAGGAAGUACUCACUUAUUCUGUUGGAAUUAUAAAACCUGAUGAUGUCUUAUCAGGACGUGUAGAAGAAAUUAAAAAAAAGAUUAAAGAUGCAGGAUUUGACAUUAAAGCAGCAGAGGAGAGAAUGCUUACUGAAGAACAAAUCAGAGUAUUUUAUGCCCGGAAUAAAGAAGAGCCUGACUUUGAUGCAUUUGUUCAAUUCAUGAUGAGUGGACCAUGCCAUGUUUUGAUAAUCACUAAAAAAGAAGCAACUGAUGCAAUUCCUCAGUGGAAAGAACUCCACAAAACAAGUGAGUCUGGUGAGCCUGAGGAGCCAGUCAAGUUGCCAGGACUCACGGAAACUGAGAAUCUGGUAAAUUUAUGUGAUGUACAAGACAGUGUUGAAGACGCCAGCAGACACCUUGCCUUCUUUUUCCCAAAUUUUCAUAUAAAUAGGGUAGAACAACGUGUUGAAAGGACUUUGGCCAUAAUUAGACCUAGUCUCUUGAAGGAAAGGCGAGAUUCCAUCAUGCAAAGAAUAAAGGAUGAUGGUUUCCAAAUAGCAAUGCAGAAAGAAAUAAUUCUAUCUGAGGAACAAGUACGUACGUUUUACAAAGAACAUGUAGAUCAAGAUUACUUCCCAGUCCUUCUAGAGCAAAUGACCAGUGGUCCAACUCUUGUAUUGGCUCUAACACGAGAAAAUGCAGUACUCCACUGGAGACGUUUACUAGGCCCAAAGACUCUUGAAGAGGCUAAGGAAAAUCCAGAGAGUUUGCGUGCACAGUAUGCGAUUGAAAAUGUACCUAUCAAUCAGCUACAUGGAAGUUCUACAACCAGCGAUGCUCAGAAGGAACUAGAAUUCUUCUUCCCUGAGGAACAAACCUUUGCACUAAUCAGACCUGAUGCUGCAAAGACUCAUAAAGAUGAAAUUAUGAAAAAAGUUAAAGAGGCUGGAUUUAGCAUCUCAAAGAUAAAAGAACAAGCUUUAACUCGUGAAAUGGCUGCAGAGUUUUACAAGGAUCAUGAAGGAAAACCCUUUUUUGAACAGUUGGUGGAUUGUAUGGCACAGGGUCCAUCAGUAAUAAUGGUCUUAUCAAAGGAAAAUGCUGUGGAAGAGUGGAGGCAACUAAUGGGUCCAACUGAUCCAGAAGAGGCAAAGAAGACCUGUCCUGAAUCAAUUCGGGCUCAGUUUGCACACGAUAUUUUGUCUAAUGCUGUUCACGGAUCAUCUAAUCUAGAACAUGCACAAAGAAGCAUUCAGUUUGCAUUUGGAGAGCUAGAUGCAGACUAAACAAUUAAGAUGCAGUCUCUGAAAAUUGAUAUUAAUGUAAUUAGAUGUAUUUGUCUACCCAACAACUAAUUUUAGGACUACAUAAGCAAACAUUUUUCUUCAUACUCCAUCCAGUUUUGGUUGGGCAGUUUUUGUUAUCAGCUCUUCCAUAUUGCAAAGCAUAUCAAUGUAACUAGUAAUGCCCGCUAGGAGUUUGACAUUAGUAACAGUUUUCUUUAUGUUGAGUAGAUUAUUUUUCUUUUUUAUCAUUUGGCCAGAUUUAUGCCUUUCCAACAGUUCCAGGAUUCUAAAGUGUUUUGUGUAUAGCUACUCUAAAAAGAAGGAAGGACAAGGGUCAAGGAAGGUGAUUAAAACACUAUUAAUGGUACCACCGCUGGUGAUGUGGAUUGAGUUCUGCAGCUCCAAAUGUGAGCCAAAUGGGGCUCCUGGGCCCACUGGCCAACUGUAUAUAUGUGCAUCCCAGGUGAGACUGUUCUGGGCUAUUAAGGUCUAUUGGCACCCUCAGGGCUCUUAAAAACAUUUGCAUUGUUUAUUCAUCCUCUUCCUAAAUAGCUUCUAGUGAUUACUGUCACAGGUAGGAUAAUAAACUAAAAGAUCCUUUCCAGUCCAUUUACUUGAUUCAAAAUAUAUUCUAGGAACUAAAAUAUAAAGCCAGCUCUUACAUAGUAGCUAUUCUUGACAUGUACCCCCUUGCCACACUAGCAAAUUUAUAUCCUGUCCAGUCUAAUUUGACUGGACUUCAUGAAGAAUACAAACAUUAUUCUGUAGCUGAUGUAUUCUCACUGUUGCUGUCUGAGUCUGUUGAAGGUUGAGAUUAUAAAGAAUGGCAUUCCCUUAAAGCAAUUUACUUACCUUGUUGAUUUUAAGUGUGAAGUCUAGAAUGAAGUUCUUCUCAUACUUUUUUUAUUGCUCCUAUUGUAUUUAAUAUAACUAGCUGCUAUAAAGAGCUUCCUGACAAAUACUUCUGUUGUAAUGGGGCAUUUGUUAUUAUAGAUAUUCCUCCAGC